AAAAUGGCGGAUGCAGAAGAUGCAGAGCGUCUGGAAAGAAAAUCAGUCGUAGAUCGAUAUUUUACGCGUAUUUUUAAAACGGAUAUAAUGGGGAAAUUUUGCGAAGAUCAAUGUGUGCUGCAGCAUUCAAACAAGAUAUGUGUGAUUACUGUAGCACCAAGUCACCCUUUACUCCAAUGUAAGCAGAUUGUGAAAGUGAAUUUUCAAGUGAGCACCAAGGUGAAUCGAUUGGAUAACAAAGUUUCUGGGAAAGGGAAAAAAGGUGCCCAGCAUUUACAACCAGAGUCUUUAAUUUGUGAAGUCACAAGUUCAGAUGGCAGCAAGUAUUCACUGUAUAG